GCCGGCCGGGGGGGUGACGAGGGCGGCGGCGACGGCGGGCGCGAGAGAAGCGGUGGAAGAGAAGGGCCGGCAGGGCCUGGUCGCCCGAUGGUGGGCCGGCGCUCGCCAUGGACAAGAUCCUGGAGGGCCUGGUGAGCUCCUCGCACCCGCUGCCGCUGAAGCGCGUGAUCGUGCGGCGCGUGGUGGAGUCGGCCGAGACGCCUCAGAGCGCGCCCGAGUGCCGGGCCAUGUUCUCGCUCAGCACCCGCCUCAUCCUUCAGGGUCCCGACCAGUUCCAGCGCCAGGUGGGGCGGCAGGUGCUCGAGGCCUACGCCCGCCACCACCGCGACGACUUCGAGGCCUUCUUCACGCGCGGACUGGUGCUGGCCUUGCUCCAGGGAGGAGACCCGGCGUCGCUGCCGCUGCUGCCGUCGCCGCCUCUUUCCGCUGUGGCUCAUGGCCUCGGGCCUAGCCUGGACCCUGCCGUGCUGGACUACAUCCAGGUGGGGCUUCGCCUGCUCAUCAGCUGCCCGGCGGUGCUGGAGCUCUUCGCGCUGCUUCAAGGGGAAGCGCUGCGCCUGGUGAGCGAGAGGCCGCCGGCCCCGCUGUGCGCUCGCCUCUGCCAGCUCCUGAGCGACUUCCCGCAGUGCCUGCCCCGCGGCAGGAAGCCCGCGCUCGCCUUCUGCCAGCAGCUGGUGCGCAGCAUCGCCCACUUCCAGACGCAGGGCACCCGCGAGGCCGAGCUGCGCCUCUACGUCUCCCAGGUCACCCAAGUCAGCGGCCUCCUGCGCAGCAUCUGGAAGGCAGAACCCGACACCCUGCUGCCCUCCUUGCAGGAGCUCUUCGCCAUCAUCUCGUCCACCGAUUUUGAACCCUCAGUUGCCUUGGCAAGUCUUGUGCAGCAUAUCCCAUUACAGAUGAUUACAGUGCUCAUCGGAAGCCUUACUACAGAUCCAAAUGUAAAAGAUGCAAGUAUGACUCAAGCUUUGUGCAGAAUGAUUGAAUGGCUGUCCUGGCCAUUGGCUCAGCAUGUGGAGACCUGGGUGAUAGCACUCUUGAAAGGGCUGGCUGCGGUCCAGAAGUUUACUAUCCUUAUUGAUGUUACUUUGCUUAAGAUUGAAAUGGUUUUUAAUCGACUUUGGUUUCCUCUUGUGAGACCUGGUGCUUUGGCUGUCCUUUCUCACAUGUUGCUUAGUUUUCAGCAUUCUCCAGAGGCUUUUCACUUGAUUGUUCCUCAUGUGGACAAGUUGGUAAAAUCCUUCAAAAUCAAUGGCCUUGCCUCCAGUGCAAUAUUCUUGGGACAGCUGAGUGAGCUAAUACACUGUAUGAUGUAUCAUUACUCUGGAUUCCCAGAACUCUAUGAACCUAUUUUAGAAGCUAUCAAGGACCUUCCCAAACCCAGUGAAGAGAAAAUUAAAAUGAUACUGAAUCAGAGUGCCUGGACAUCUCAAUCCAGUUCCUUGCAAUCUUGUCUGUCUAGAUUUUCUGGAAAAUCUGAAACGGGAAAGACUGGUCUGAUUAACUUAGGAAAUACAUGUUAUAUGAACAGUGUGAUUCAAGCAUUAUUCAUGGCUACAGAUUUCAGGAGGCACGUAUUAUCUUUAAAUCUAAAUGGGUGCAAUACACUAAUGAGAAAGUUGCAACAUCUGUUUGCAUUUUUGGCUCAUACUCAGAGAGAAGCCUAUGCUCCUCGGAUUUUCUUUGAGGCUUCCAGGCCACCCUGGUUCACCCCUAGGUCCCAGCAGGACUGCUCUGAGUAUCUCAGGUUCCUGCUAGAUAGGCUGCAUGAAGAAGAGAGGACCCUGAAAGCCCUUUCUUUGUCAAAGCUUUCAGAAGAUAUGAAUGAAGAAUCUGUAGUCCAGGAGGUGUCCAGCAAAACGCAGCUGAUUACCAAACAACCUUGCAGAGAGGAAAGAACAUUAAUAGAGAAAAUGUUUCGGGGGAAACUGCAAACAAGCAUAUGUUGUUUGAACUGCAAAAGUACUUCUUACAAAGAAGAAGCCUUCACAGAUCUUUCACUUGCUUUCUGCCCUCCUGUAUUCUUAGAAAACGUUGACCCACCAAGUACCGAAAAUUCACCUGAAGGAAAAGAUGACUGCAUGGAACAAGUCAGUACUAGGGCAUUCAGUCCUGUGGCAGAAACAGCAGCGGAUGGUCUAGCAAUUGGUGAUUGCUGUGAAAUGGUCACAAAUGAUGGGACCUCAAAAGACCCUCCCAUUGACUCAAACUGUGAAAACACUAAAGAUUCUUUUCCAUGCAAGGCUGAGAACAGGGAUAGUUUGCAGAAACACGUCAGUGAAGCUACUCCCUCAGUUACUGACUUGCUGAAUUAUUUUCUGGCACCCGAGGUUCUUAAGGGGGAUAACAAAUAUUAUUGUGAAAAAUGUGCCUCUCUACAGAAUGCGGAAAAAACUAUGCAAAUUGUGGAGGAGCCAGAAUACCUCAUUCUUACUCUCCUAAGGUUUUCAUACGACCCAAAAUGUCACAUUAGGCGCAAAAUCUUAGACAAUGUGUCUUUGCCGCUUGUUCUGGAGUUACCUGUCAAAAGAACUGCGUCACCCUUAAGUCCAGUAUCGGGCAUGUGGUCUAUGGGUGUUGAGUUUUCUGACACUGGUGAGAAUCUAGCUAAAAAACUCAAGCCUUCUGGUGCUGAAGAAGUGUGUUGCCCUCAACUAGUCCCUUAUGUUUUAAGUUCUGUAGUUGUGCAUUCUGGCAUAUCAUCUGAAAGUGGGCAUUAUUAUUCUUAUGCCCGAAACGUUGCCAGUUCAGGGCCUUCAUUAGGAUCUUGUGAUCAAACCCAAAGUCUGGCUUUAGCUUAUCCACAAAGCAACUUGAUGGCUGGAGAGGCUCCCGUUGCAGCUGCUGAAAAGGAACUGGAUGAAAAUGAGGUGUCAAAGGAAUGGUUUUUAUUUAAUGAUAGCCGAGUGACAUUUACCUCAUUUCAGUCAGUCCAGAAAAUAACGAGCAGAUUCCCCAAGGACACUGCUUAUGUGCUGGUUUACAAAAAACAGAACAGUACAAAUACACUCAGCGCUAAAUCAACCAAUGGGCUCUGGGUCAAUGGAGAUCCCCCUCUGCAGAAAGAUCUUAUGGAUGCCAUUACAAAAGACAAUAAGCUAUAUUUGCAGGAGCAGGAGCUUAGUGCUCGAACACAGGCCCUUCAAGCAGCUGCAGCUUCGUGCUCCUUUCGGCCAAAUGGAUUUGAUGACAAUGACCCCCCAGGAAGCUGUGGGCCAACUGGCGGAGGUGGUGGAGGCGGAUUUAGCACUCUUGGCAGACUAGUGUUCUAGGAAGAGAGCAUAAAAUGCAUUGGUUUCCAAGCAGCUAUUGAUACUGCUUAGGACUGUUCUUACUGAACUGUAUUAAAUAAUGUACUAAGCUUUUUUUUUUCAAGAUGUGAUCUUUGUUCUAAAGAGAACUCUCUUUUUUUAUUUGAAAUAAAUAAGUGCAUCAUGGAGAAAUCUACCUCUUAAAUUCACUUGUUUUUAUGGAAAGAUAUUCUUCCAAAAGAGGAGUUAGAAGAUUUUUAUGACACUAGAUGAACUAGUAAAAAGCACUUGCAAUAUGUAAUCCCAAAUCCCUUGAUGAAAGAAUACUUAUUCUUUGAAAAAGAGAUGGUUACUCAACCCCAGCAGUGUUUGCGGUGGGGUUAAUUUGUCCAUAAAUCUAUAAAUCCUCAAAGGCUCUGGAGUUGGUAACCUAAAAAUAAAUGAAAAUCCAACGUGCUAACAAUGUAAUCCAGGAUAAGAAAUACUCAAACUCAAUGUAUUUACAUUACAGGUACAUAUAUUAAAAAGUCACUUUAAUGUGCUUGUUAAAUCAUUUUUCCAAAUGUGCAUGGUCUUGUAGGGGGUGGGAAUUAAGUAAAAAAAAAUGCAAAGUUUGUAGUAUUUUUAAUUGCUUUGAGGAUUUUAAAAUUAUUUCAGGGAGUACAUCUGCUGUGUUUUGAAGGAAAAGACUUUGUACGUGCCUUGUACUUUAACAAAGUACAAAACCUUUUGAGGCUGCGGAAGAGUGUAGAACAUGAGAUGUUAAUUUCUUGUUUAAUAUGAACUUAAUAUGUUUUUGGAAAGUGUUAGCUUCGCCAGAAGUAAAGUCUGAUGGUUCUAAAAAUA